UUGAGUUUUAAAAAGAUUUUAUGUACAGUGCCCAGUUUUUGUUCUUUUUUGAAUCUGAUUAUAUAUAUAUUUUAUAUAUACUCUUGUGCUUGUGUAUAUAUAUAAUAUAUAUAGAAACUCGAAUAUAAAUAUGUGUAUAAAGAUUUAGAGACUAAAUUUUUCUCGUUUUAAGUUUUACAUCUAUGGUAGAUUUGAGGUGUCUACUGUAAAGUAUUGCUUACAAAAGUAUGAUUAUUUUUAAAGAAAUAUAUGGUAUGUAUCCUCAAGACAUAAAAUGACCUUCAGACUGGUUUAUUGUUAAAUUGCACUUUUGCAAUAACAGACCAAUAAAUAGUUGCUGCCAAAAUGUAGUAGUAGAAAAUGAGUAAUGGCUAAACUUUAAAGCUCUUCAAGACAAUACCAGCUUUGACAGGAAGUUUGGCACUAGUUUUAGAGGGGAAAUGAAAAAGGUGAAUUUGACUUUGAGUGGGGAUGUUCUCUAGAAUUCAACCAAAUUGCAACUUACAUAUUACAAUAUGUUCUAUUAACAGCUGAAAAAGUUAAGACAUCUUGGUGUCACUGCUCACCCUAAAAAAGGAUGUUGUUUUGUGGUAUUCUAUUGUAUUUUCACAUAUUUUGUAAUACGAAUUCACUGGUAAAUUUUUGAAGCACUAGGUUUAUUUAGGACAAGUUUAUAAUAUAUCAUUGUAACAGUUUGCAGUUUUAAUGAUGGUAUUUAUUUUAAGUUGCUCCUUUCUCAUUAGCUUCUUGAAAAUGCAUUAAAUCUAAAUUUAAAAAUUGAUAGCUUUCUUAUCGAUCAGAGUUGACUGAUGCAGAAGGUUCUGCGUCCAACAAUUUCUCAUAAUUUCUCAUUAGUGGGGUAUGUUAGUGAUUGCAUUGUUAAAUUUUUUGUAAUCAAUGUGAAGUGUUAAAGACACAGAGCAUGCUAAUAGUUUGAACAAAAAGAGUUGCCUCUUACAUUAUGGCUUAAGACAAAGGGUGUUUUUAAUGAAGAAUCAGUACAGCUUGUCUAGUGCUGUUGAAACAGUUUAA